AUGUGGUUGCCGCUCAUUUUUGCAGGCAUUUUUGUUGGGGUUUAUGGAUUCAAAUACUCAACGCAUGAAUUAGAAGAGUUCUUAAAAGAGUCAUUUAGAAAAAAUGAUACAACGAAUUUUAAUUUUGACAAUUACAAAGGAUAUUGUGAUCCCUAUGAACCAGAAAUGCCGGAUUUUACUGCACCAGGACGUAGAAUCAGUGAAACAAAAUGCCAAGAAUAUGUGUGGGAGUUGAGAAAAAGAUAUAACGAAACGGAGCGGACCAAAAUUUGUGAACUUUAUAUUAUAAGUCAGGUUAAAAAGGGCAAUAUUCCUGAAUAUAUAUUUACAAUUAAUGCACCAGUUAUAUUCGGCGGCAAGACAGCAUCGGCAUUUCAGUUUCCACAUAUGGGUGCAAUAGGAUGGAGAGCAAAAAAUCCGGAACAAAAAUGGAGAAUGUGGAUUUUUAAAUGUGCGGGGACACUAAUUAGUAAAAAUUUCUUACUAACAGCUGCACAUUGUUCUAAACUAUCCAUGAAAAGGGUAUUCGAUAUUGCCCAAACGGAACCUGAAGUUGUAAGACUCGGACUUUCAGAUAUUGAAGACAAUGAGUUUUUAUUGUUCGAUCGUAUUAUGGAUAUAAACAUCAAAAAAUUUAUAGUCCACCCGAACUACGAACCACCAAAAAAAUAUUACGACAUCGCAUUAAUACAGUUAGAGUCCGAAGUAAAGUUUACGAACUAUUUACAGCCAGCAUGUCUCUGGCCCAAUCAUGAUUUUCAACAGCUUGGCAAAAAUGGGAUCAUUACUGGUUGGGGGUACACUGAAAAAGGUUUUCAAUCAAAACAACUCCAAGUUGCGACGGUGGACUUCAUUGAUACUCCGCAAUGUGACAUGAUUCUUCUUCUUCACCCAUAUCACAAUAGAAAUUGGAAUGGCCUACAAUCACAUCAGUUAUGCGCCGGCCUAUUAGACGGUGGUGUUGACACUUGCCAGGGUGAUUCAGGAGGCCCAUUGCAAGUAAAAAUUCCUUUGACGGAAGGGGAUAAUAUUUACUGGGUACUAGGUAUCACGUCGUUUGGAGUCGGAUGUGGACGAACAAAUCAACCCGGUGUCUAUUCUAGAAUGUCCAGUUUCAUAGAUUGGAUUGAAGAACAAGUUUGGGGAUCAUCUUCA